GACAAUGACAACAUUGACAUGACAAAAUAAUAUUAACAUUUCGUUUCGAAAUUCGUUCGUGUUCGUAUUUAUUUUCAUGUUUCGUGCACGCAGUCUUACUCAAUUGCCCGUAAUUUACAUAAAAUUUUAAAUUACAACAAUACAUGGUAAUAAAAAUAUUGUGUGAUAAGUUUUAAAAUCAGGGAUGGCGUACGUGAAAGGAGAUGGCACAUUGGUGCAGAAGAAUUCCAGCAUUUUUGGAUGGUUCUGGGCGGUAUUAAACUUUGUGUAUUUGCUGAUUCAAACCUUGAUCAACCCUAAUUAUGGCAAGCAUGGAGACAAAUACGUGAGGGAUUUCAGACCACCUGGCAGUGGGCCUCCAAAACCGCCCACGAGAAAAUUCGGCGGCUUCGGUCCAUCCGGCUCUGGACCAUCGCCACCACCAAUGGGAGGAUGCGGCUGUGGGGGUUAAACUAUAAAACGUGAUCAAGAAACUUGGCAGUUGGGCAAUACCCGUUAAUCACCGCAGUCUUGUAUAUGUAUGUAGAUUGAUGUUAAGUUAGUAAGUGGUACUAUAUGUAAACUAUUCGGGUAUAUGUGCAACUGAUCGUUUUUUAUAUAUGACUGAGGCGGUUAAAGGGUUAAAGGUAAGAUUUGAUAAUAAUAGGUAAGAAAUUUCCCGUGGAAUAUUUCGAGAAAUUUGAUCUGUCGAUGAUCUGAAUAAAAUCACCACCAUCUGCCAAGUUUCAACAUUUCAAGUUAUUUUUUUUCUCAAGGAGUUGGCUCGCUUUAUUUAACAACAAUCUUCCUGCAUUUGAAGGCGAAUAAAGUUCAAUAAAUUUAUUGUAUUAAUAACAAUCAUUAUUAUCAAUUACAUUCAAAUAAAAUUAUAGGAAUAGCUUGACUUUUGCAUUGAAUAUUAAAAAAAUAAUAAUAAUAUUAUGAACAGAAUUAUUUUUUUAUAAAUGAUAUUUUAACUAAACCAUUCAUUUAUAUGUUCGCACAUGCUAAUCGCUGGAAUUACUAGACACAUUUUUAAUGAAUAUUGUUUUUUUUUUAUUAAUUGGAAUUGAUUAAAAUUGGUGCAAUAAUUUUCUUUCUCAGUAUAUUUCAUAUAUCUCGGUAUGUUACUUUAAUUCAUUAUAUGUAGUUAAUAAAUUAAUAAAUAUACAAAGAUCUUGCAACGUUAAAUAAUAUUACUUUAGUGUUUUUAUUGUUUUGCAUUCGUUUAAUGAUUAAUUUAUCCGUCUAAUACUGAAAGUCAGUCUGAAAUAAAAUAUUGACAUUGAUUUAAUUUUAUUAAUAUUAAAUAUUUUAUUAUUGAACUUAUUUUCGUAAAUAUUUUACUAUAAAUAGAAUUUAAUAGUAAUCUUAGCUACUCUUAAUAAAGCUUUUUAUUUCGUAAUAUAAGUUACCUAUUGUAAAUAAGGUUAAGUAGAUAUAAAUGUUAACUGUUACUUAAAAUUAUUAAUAUUUUUUCAUUAAAUAAUGUUUCAUUUAAUCAAUGUGUAUUUGGCGUGCCAACUCCAAGCCAUUGUGAUCUAAAAAAUUAAUAUUAAUAUAACAUUAAAAUACACUGUAAAAAUAAAUAAUGAUAUUUUGGCCCUA